AUGUCUCGAGACAAUGUACAAAAGGAAUCUGAAUACUCGGUGGAGGUGGUUCCAGAUUCGUUGGAAGGAGAGAAUGUUGUCUCCUCCGAGAUCUCUGAGGGCGAAGAUUCUGCUGGACGUAAGGGUUCGAUGCUGUCCUACGACCUCAAUAGAACGCGCGAAGAGAAUGAAUAUCCCUAUAGUGGAAUGUCUCCCGAGGAGAAGAAUGCGUGGCACUUGGCUACCGGGGAUAGUGUCCCUGCAAGCGGUAAUAGUGUUCCCGCUACUUCACGCCCUUUCCGUCCCCCGCGAAGUGAACCAAGGCCUGCUCCACAGAUGAGCACACACAGUGUCCGGAACUCGCUGCCAGACCAUCUAAACUUGGAUGCUAAUGCAGAUGAGGAAACUCUUCUUGAUGAAGAAGUUGACAACCUUCAUGAUGCUUCUGGAACUCAGAUUCCCAGAGGACGCAAGACUACCAAAUUUUGGGCAGUUAGGACCAUCGAUUCUGACGGCACAAUCAAGCCGGCAAAACUAAGUGUGAGGGAGGCUAUGAAACGGCCUAAUGGUAGGAAGAUCGUGCUUAGGUUCAACAAUGCAAAGCAAGCUAUUGGGGACGAAGCUGGAGUGUUGAGUGGCGUGCUUGGUCUACUGGAUCUGAUUUUGGAAAAUUUCCCAUCUGUAGAACAAGUUGGCCAAAUAUUCCAUUUUGAUGAAGAUAGCGAAGGACUUAUAAAGAAAAAUAUUUUGAAAAGUUUGGGGAAGUCUUGGAAGGAAACAAGGCUGAGGUUGUAUGACCAUUUUUAUGAGCCAACAUUCACGACUGAACAAAAUCUUGAGAAUCGGCCGCCGGAAAUUGAUCGAGAGCAUUGGAGAUGGUACCUUGACUAUCGCGCCAAACCUGAGACGAAGUCGGAAGAACAAGGAAAGAUAGUCGGUAGAGGGGAGUUGUGGAUCAAGGUGCACAAGAAAAAGGAUGGCUCAUAUAUCAAUGAUGAAGCGAGAGCAAUUGGUGAAAGAAUUGAGGAGAUCGAGCAACAGGAUGAGUCUUCUAGAAUGUUGUCUCAGAAUGAUUCCAUUGCUCAAGUUUUCGGAAAAGAGAAACCGGGUAGAGUACGUGGUAUGGGAUCUGGACCGACUCCUAGCCAACUCUUCGGUCCGAAUUCACAUGCAUAUGGCAACGGAGUCCAACAAGAGGAGACCCAGAGGAAGCUGCUUGAACUGCAGGCAGAGCUGGAAGGCGAGAAGUUGAAGAGAAAGGCGAUGGAGGAUGAGGCAGCAUCAGAUAAGAAAAAAUUGAAGGCGAUGGAGAGUGCUCUGAUUUAUCUGUUUCAACGGCAGGGUGAGGAGCUUCCCCCAGAAAUCGCUGCAGGGAUGAGUUUCGUGGAAUGA